AUGCAGACGUCGCCACAUAACCAGGGAAGUCUCGACCCUGACGGCGUUGUCGUGCAGUUUGAGGACAUGCUCUGGCCAACGGCAGAAACCCCUAUGUUCAUUGCUACCACAGCUGGCAGCGCUACCCAUGCAAGCACCCGACGCAGAGGGAGCUUGGCGGCUACAAGGGGAAUCAACAGCUUCCAUAGUAUUAACAGCAACAACAGCAACAACAGCAACGCAACCACCAGCGCCAAUAUCAACGAUGGAUUUGGUCCCCAGCAUCGCCCUGAGAACACUGCCAACCAAUACACAGGUGUCAUGGCUUCAUCACAUAGUCUUUUCAGCACCACUGACGACGUUAUGCACAAUAGCGGUGCCAUGACCCUAUUCCCGGGUUUCAACGAGUCGAGCGUGUUCGCCGACAUCGAAGCAUUUGACCCAAAACUGGACGCAUUCUCGGAGUUGGUCAUGGACUUGUCAUCUUUGACCGCCCUGCAGCCUCCAUCCGAAAGUACCAGCAACACUGGCAAUAUUGCAACUAUACCAGGUGACGUGGCGUCUCUUCUAAUUCCCGACAUACAGGCGACAUCUUCAAACUCCGACAGAAUGCAGACAACCAUAAACGAACCAACAGGUUGCCUUGCGACCAGCUCCCUGUCCUCUUUAUUCUCAUACACUGCCUCAUCUAGGACCCCCCCUUGGUCGCUAGUACCAUUGCAUCCGUCGUCCGCGACAACACCCUCUUCCAUGUUUACGUCUUCGUCUUCGUCGGCAAAAUGGCCGUGUGUGCGCGAGACGGCCGGUAGCAAUGACAACGGCACCAGUUCUGGCGGCACGGUUGCCUCAGGCCUGUACGACAAAAGUCUGGCACGAGCUGUCGAUCUUCUCAGAUCGCUCUGUAUCUCGGAUCUGGUAGUUGACAGUGCCAGUGCUCCUACGCAAGGGGGCGACGCACCAACUAGAUACAUCAUUCAAGAGAACCAUAGGACCAUCGAUGCCAUUGGCUCCAUUUUGUCAUCGUCGUGUGUUGAGGAUGGCUUCUCGCUGGCCGUCUUGGCCAUGGUGGUGCUCAAGAUCUUCGAGCGAUAUGACGCCGUGGCGCGCAUGUCGUCGGCAGAAGCCACUAGUAACACGGGUAUGUCGAGUGGACCUGUACACACCCGAACUCGAUCGAUGGGUGGUAUACAGAGCGCACACAGCGUCAUUCAAUCUCCCCUUGGGGGUACAAAUGCCGAUCCUUCAUCUUAUAAGCGCCACCAGCACCAUCACAAGCACUGCUACGAUACUAUCACAGCCAAGCUGGUGUUGGGCGAGCUGCACCGCAUGCAGCGCUUGAUCAACGAGCUUUCGCACGAAUUUCACAAGUAUCAAGAAGACGGCGGACUGCAGGUUGAAUGGAGCGGUGCCAAUGGCGGAGGCGGCCUAGGACCAAGAGGCAGUAGCGACGAAGCAAAGUCCGGCACCGACACGGGUACAUGGAGUCCACAGCGGCAGCUGGUGGCUUUAGAGACGCUUGCGCAGCUGGAGCGGGACAUGCGACGGUGUCUAAAGACGCUCUCGGCAGGGAUUAUAAACUAUCUGCGGCGGCGGUGA